UAUCCACUUCAAAAACUAAAUUUUAAAUAAAAUGUGUUAGUAAGCACUUAAAAAAAUUAAGCAGUCUAGUUUUGCAAGGGUCAACAUGUUCUGCACAGAGAGCUGUGAGCACUUGGACUAUAGACAAAUGCAGCGAACAACAUCGCAAAUGCAACAGCAGCAGCAACAACAACAUCAACAUCAACAACCGCCAUCGCCUCAGCAACAAUGUACGCAAUGUAAUCAACAGCAGUUGCAGCAACAGUUGCCCCAAUGCCAUCAACAGCAACAGCAGCUGCAGGUGCCGCUGAACUUUAACUUUGUGCCACAACAACAACAACAACAACAACAACAUACAACAACAAUUGAUUCGGUGCCGCAUGUAGGUUUAUGCUUUGUCAGCGAGGGACCUGAAGGACUGAGCGUUGAUUGCAAUGUGCCAUUGCCGCAGUCCUUCAAUCCGGAUGUGUACCAAAAGCAUUUUGUGUCCGCCUGCCACGCUGAUCCCAACAGCAUGUUCAUGCCACAGCGCAAUAGCUUUUGCCAGUCAACAAUGCCUCUGCCCUCAGCACAGCCAAUUUCUCAAAGUGUCCAUACUGCUUGCCCCCAUAUGUUGUCCAGAUUGUCCAGACUGGAGCCAGUGCAUCAUCAGUUGCAAGCGCCAGCGCCAACAGUUAUGCCAGAGCUUAAUUAUAUGCAACACGCGCCCCAAGCAGCUACUGAUAAUUACUGUGCUGCAUAUAUGGCUGGCCACAUGUCCUUGCCUAAUGCAGACUACCAAGAGGCUGCCACGACUAGUUGUACGCGACCGGCCUUUGGCUUUGUCCAACAGUCGCCACAAUCGCAGCAACAGCAACAGCCACAAGAGGAAUGUCCGCCACGCCUGAAUGUGCCUUGCUAUGUUUCCGAACUGAGAACAGAGAAGGCCAAUACAGAGCAAGUGCAGCCGCAGGUACAGUUGGUGCUACAGCUGCUGCCACCGAUGCCAACGCAAAGCCCUAAUAACUUUUGGUCAACAAUCUUGAGCACAGCCAACUGUCAGCGUGUCUGUUUGCCAACAGCUGAAGUUAACAACACUGCAACGAAAAUUGCUUCGACUGCAGCUCAGACUCUAUCGCCAUCACCCAGCUUCACGCAUACCAGGCCCAACUGUGGGCCUAUGCCAACAGGCUCCGGCUAUCAGAGUCAGUCGUCCAAAGUGGCUGCAUAUAUGCCACGGAAGAAGAAGAUGCAUUUUCCGCAGAAAAAUAACUCGGCUCAAAUAGAAAGCCUGCUCUACAACAACAAUGGCAAGGGCAACGGCAAUGCUAAUGCGAAUCCCUAUAUGAAGUACGGCUGUGCCAAUUGCUGUCGCUGUCCACGCUGCUCACAUUGCCUUUGGCAUCAACAACAACCUUAAGCUAUACAGAUUUUGCCUAUAGUAAGAAAGAAAUAUAAACAAAGAGUG